AUGGCCACUUGCACCAUUCAGACGCGCACAUUCGCUAUUCAGGUAAACCGAGAACACAUGUUCUUUCGUUUGUUUCCAGUAAAUUUGUCACAAGUUGUCAUUCGUGCGGCAUUCAAGUGUCAACUAGAGCUAUAAAUAGGUAUUUGAACUUGGCGCCUUUUGUUGCAUUUGAAACAGUUGGUUUUUAGCAUUUUUAGGUAAUAAAGUCUGUUUAUAUUAGAAUAUUUUUGAACGUUUUAUAUCAGAACGGCAUCUCUGACAGUCCGAAAGUAAUUGGAAAAACGUUUUGAAUUAACUUUUUUAUUACAAUAUAAAGGCUUUAAUUGGGAGGGAGGAAAGCAUUCUUUUGAGCCGGCUUUUCACUGUCUUGCGAUUACAACUUGUGGUUAUGAACAUACAAUAUUAAUGUUAAUGAAGACACGAGAACAACAGACUUGAUUUGUGGCGUUCCCCCCUGAGGGAAUUGUUUUGCCGGCCGAAUAAAAUGAAUGCCAAUCAGGUCUGGAAUCACUCCGUCUCCUUCCGAUGUGUGUUUAUUCGAGUUUUUUGCCCGUCGCACUAUUAGUUAGUUAUUUUUCUUUUGCUUCCCAACUUUUUCUCGGCCCAUUCCCUUUUCUAUGUUUAACCUUGAGAUGGUGAUGAUGGCUGGUUGCAGUAUGCUGGGCUGGCGUCCCGAGUCAAUGCCAACAUCGAUCCGAGUGGGCGCACCGAUCUGUUGAAGGUGUUGGACCAUGCUCAGGUAAGGGAGGGUUUGGUGUCUGGGAUUGUUGUCAGUACGAGGUUUACCUUAAUUACAGAUUACUUGCUUCUGUAUAAUCAAGUUUAAAUUUUAAAAAUUUUAUGUUAAACAAGCAUUAAUAUGAUAUUCUUUCUGUAUUUUUUAUUACUUAGUUUUAAAAUUUAACAGUAAAAAUACAGAACUUUUGAUACUAAAAGCAGAUUUCAGUACUGUAAUAUAUAGUAUAAAACUGGAAGAGGAGCUUGUUUUGAAGCUGCUCAGAAUUGCAAAGUAUCUGUCAAAAACGAACCUCUAAUGACACUGCAUGACAUUACUUUUUUAGGCUAAUGGCCAAGUCAUCAUGCCUUCGCGAGAGAUCGCAGAAAACGCACGGCUGGAGCUAGACCACCAAGCUGUGGUCAUUCGUAACAUGGCUGAUGGGGUGAGUGAUAAACAGCCGGCUGUUUAUUCAUAUACAUUCUAUAAAUUUUUAACUUUUUGUCUUCGAAUCUUCUUUUGUUUGGGUUGAGGUGAGGCUACUUGUACACAACUUGCUCACGCUACUGUACUGAAAGGUGGUACACUUUUCGAGCGCUAAACUUGUUUGAGUAACACGGUGCAGUAAUUAAAACUGUUCACGGUGCUGAUAUUUUGGCUUUUACUUUUAACGUCUUUUACCUAUAGUUGUGGUAUUUUAGGAUGUAGUCCUAGUUGUACCACUAUACAUGUUGGUAUCAGUGGGGUACGUAAUUGAAGAAGAACAACAUAUAGUGGCAUUGAAGAUAGGGGAAGUGUAUUCGGCCGAUUUGGUGGAUCUGGCAGUGCUGUUUGUGAAGGAAAAGGUACUGUUUUGUUUGUUUUGGGGGUGUUAUAACUUGUUUUAUAUGUUUUUUCGAUUUUCUUUGGGUACUACUUUCUAGAUAGUGUCUACUCUAAAAACUUUUUUACUUUUAUAGGUACUGGUUCUUCUUAUUAUAUAUAUAAAUUGUACUUAUCUUUUGAGGUACAGACUUCAUUCCUUCUAGAAAUUUUUUUCAGCCUUUUGUGUACUGUUUUCACUUAUUUAUGUGCUAUUUUCUCUUAUUUUGGGUGCUGUCUGUACCGAAGCUGUUUACUUGUCACCUCCGUGCACGUCACAGUGUUCUUUUUGCGUUUUUACUUCGAUCAGACACUUCGAAUUCUAUUUUGUGAUGACAGACUGUUGAAUAACUUGUACAUAGGAAAGGCCAGAGGGCACGCUUUUACGGAUUCUGUUUUUUUUGCAAAAAACAGUUAUUUUGACGCUUUCUAAUAGAAAUACCUAGGUACGCUUACUUUUUUACUUCAACUUUUAUUUUAAAUUUUGAUUUUUUGGCUUUUUUUACAGUUUUUUAAUUAUAAAGUAUUCGAGUAAUCAAUUUUAAUAAUAGGUCUUAUCAGUCUAUCGAAAGAACUGCCACAUGUGAUACUAGAGUUUCAAAAUAGAAUGCUAAAAACGACGGGAAAUUUAAAAUUAUAGGGCAGUAUGACUGAGUUUGUGUUUGAUAGUGGCGUUUGCCAAGUUCUUACUUCAGAACCCUUCCUUCAUAUUAAAUAUGUUUCACGUCUCGUUACUUUCGUUUCACUGAUUCGAUUUGCCAUGCCCAUUAAGGGGGGCUUCUUGAUUCACGCUUCUGGCGACUCGAGUCGACGGAAGUCCGGGCUGCAUUUUUAACGAACGGGUCGCGUUUGUUUUUGUGUCGACUUUUAUCUCAUCUUGGCCGCACUUGGACGGCUUCUGACGCCAUUCCCUUCUUCUUUCUUCGUCUUUAUUGCGCAUCUUUAUUCACGUUGCCUUCGUGAAUGCUGCUCGUUCUCACGCCGAGAUUUGGCUACUUUGUACAGCGUUUAAUCUUUUUGACAUGGGAUUUCAAAUUAUUCGCUUGCGGCGUCUGACUUCCAGCAUGACCGAGGAGUCUUGUGUUUGAUAAUGUUUGUUAUUUUGAAUAGUAUUGAGAUAAGGUUUGGUAUCAGCUAGUAUCUUUGGUAAGGUUAGUAUCAGCUUUGAUGGUUUAUAUCAGCUUAGUACAUGGGUACUGUUUAGUAUAAAAUUUUAAAUAUGUUAUGAUAGAAACAACAUAAAAUGAAUUUUCAGGAAACGGCCGAAGAAGUCUGUAAUCACUUAGAUGGAGCGUUUCAGCGGCUUUAUCGGGAAGUAUUGGCUAAUACUGUAAAUGAAAAUAAGGACAAAGGUAUGCGUUAUACGACCAUUUAAAUAAUUUCUCUUAUCUGAUCUUGUUUUGACAAACAGUUUAUAUUAAACACGUUAUAGGACCUAAACGAAGCGUUUCUAUGUCCAGCUUUUCUCCUAAAUCAGAUGUUGUUUCGUCAUCGAAGAAGGUUCUGUAGGUUUUUUAAACAUAUAUCAAGCUGUUUUUAAUAUAUUCUUUUGGAAUUAGUUGUAAAAUACAGUAUACAUGAUAAGUCUUUUUAAUUAACAAGCAAGUUACGUAAAGCCAAGUAAAUUUAGUGAUGUCUACGGCAUAACCGAAGUACCGUCAAAGACUAAGCACAACAGCACUACCUUGUCCUUGAGUACGGUCAGCACUAGUACAUCGUCGAAGGUCGGCAUCGAUCGUAUCAAUGAAUACUUGACCAUGGUACGAUAAUUACGUUGAGGUUGUUUACAACAAAGUCUAUUUAGUAAGACCGUCUUCCGUUCUUCCCUACAAAUUUUUUUAGCAAACAACUCAAGGGUUUGGGUUAUGAUUGAUGCUGCGCAUUGCAAGAGUUUUUCAUAUUUUUGUGUUAAAGGGCGACAACUGUACUCGGGAAGGUUUUUGGGGUAGGGUAAUAAGAAUUGAGGGGUUUUUGGUUUAGAAAUUGAAAAGUUUUGGCACUAGAUUAUCAUAUUGCAGUCAGAGUUGUCUUUGUAAACUUUCUAAUUUUAUUUAAAAACAUUUUAAAAUCUUAUCAAAGGUACCGUGAGUUAGUGCCAAGGCAAUUCUUAGAGUGCAACACUGUACUGGAUUCAUUUCCUAUUAUUUGAAUGGCGUCGGAAUUGGCGCCAAGAGGAGAGGCUUCGAAUUGGGUUUAGUUUCCAGAAUUCAUUUCGAGUAUCUGGUUGGGUUUCGGGUAUUGGACUAGUUUUUAGGUACUCUCGGACUGCGUGAUCUUGUUUCCGUUCUGCUGUUUGAUACGUACGAAUAAAUUUCGUCCGCUUCGGGUUAAUUCUAUUUGAUGCCAGCGGCAUUUUUUAAUUUUAUUUUUCUUCCGGCCCGCUUGUUUCAAUUGUUUUUGAAGAGGCCCUGCGGCUUUGUUAUACUCUUAAGGCGAUACACAUCCAUAUUAGCACAAGUUGUGUCAGGAGUAAAAUCGUAAUGUUGUGGUAGAAGGCAGUCUAGCUCUAAUUGUAGAAUAAGUAUAUUAUGAUUUUAGGUUAGAUAGUCUAUAUAAUCUUACUCAAUAUUCGAAUACUGACGUUACCUUCGUUUCUACAAAAUAUGGCUCUUUUGUCAUAAAUUUUUGAUUCCACACAUUUAUUUGUUUAUGACAUUAGCCUUCUUCUUUCCUUUAGCUAGCCGUCUGCCUUUCGCACGACGAGCUGAACAAGUUCGCUGUCCUGCUGAAAAGAUGGCGCGCCAAAGAGAUGCCGGUGCUCGAAUUCGCCUACAAAUUAAUGGAACUUUAUGGACCUGAGAGGAAGCAUCUGCUCGCGCGUAAGUGUUCCUUCUCCACGAGUAAUUCCCGCCUUUGUUUAUGCGCUUUUCUUGUUUACUUUAGCUAUUAUUCGUUGCCAAUAUAUCUCUUUUGUUUUAUAGGCAUGAAAAGCUUGUUACGCGAUGUGUCAGCGGAAGAGUCCGCCGCCUUAACCGAGUACCUCAGGCAGAACGGCAUCACCGAGAACGCGGCCAUCUCCUUGGACGCGAGUCCGUCCACUGGGGACUUCAGUGCAGCGACAGAUUCCUCGCUCCCGACCAGCGACGAGUGCAGGUAACGGUUUAUUAGUUGGUUAAAGUACAAGUUGAAAGUUAAUUAUGAAAAUCAGUCAGCUUUAAAUAGAUAAAUUCCAAAACAUACAGGAAAAAAGGCUCUUUUUGUGGCGUGAAAUUCCAAUACAUUUUGUGACACUUCGUUGUUUUUUAAAGGAAAUAACAAUGGUGGCAUUAUAAGCGUUACAUGAGUAUAUUUGAUAUUAAAGUAAAUAGUAAAGAUCAUAGAAAAAGUAAUUUUACACAUUUUUUGAAAAAUACUAUUUUUGAUACUCACAUUCUAAUUUUAGACUUAGUGUUUUUGAUUAGAAACUUUGACGUAUAUAAGAAUAUCAAAAUUUAGACAGUUAUUCAAGGCUUUUAACGCUAUUCAAUUCUUUGAAAGCGCUGAUUAAUUUAAAGAGUUUGUCAAAUAAUGCUACAUUCUAAUCCUAGUUAUUUCAGCAGCGGUCUUUGGUCUGCCGGACGACGGAAUCUGUAGACAUUUCUUGUACGAAUAAACUUACAAUUAAAGGUGUAUUAUAUUGCCACGGGUUCAACUCUAUUGAUGUGUUACUAUCACGUUUAUACCAUUACUUUUAACGACUUUUUGUUUUUACUUUCUGUUCUUGCUGUUCUGCAUACUUCAACGUAUUUUACUUUAAAUAUACUAUUUUAAUCCAUGCCAUAUUACAUUAUACUACCAUUUUUACAUUGUUACACCAUAUCAUUUGUUAAUGCCAUUUUGUACCGUAUAUUAUGCUGAAACUCGCGUUACCUGUUUGCCAUAAUUUAUCGGCUGAUUAAACCAUUUUCAGUCCAGUCGAAUGUUCAGUUGAGCCACGUCCGACCGGCUUCAUUCAACUUCAUAUCGCUAAACUGAGCCAACGGCCAUCUCUCGCGCAGACUGAAGCGUUCGGCCGACGGCGAUCUGGUCUCCGAUCGCACAUCCGAACGCCCCAUUGGCGUCGCGAUGAGUUCGUCGACAACCAUGGAAAACAGCCAUCACAAGAGUCAGUCCAGUGGCGGAUUCCGAGGAUUAUUCAGCAAGCUGCGCAAGCCAUCUGA